CAUUUAGAGGAAUGCAAUGGUGACUACGAACCUGCUCGAAAUCUGCACGGCACUAAGGUCAACAUGACAUCUCUCACGCUGCUGUUGCCCUGAUGCUACCUCGCUAUUACAGAAAACGGGCAGACCAGAAUGCUACCUCGCUAUUCGCAGGCUACCUCGUUCAAAUAAUUUCUCCGCUUGCCUUGUCGAAGCAGCCAGAGCUGGCUUCUCCAGACGAGCGCUGCGCUAGCACGCGCAUUAGCGCGCAAGUCUUUCCGCAUGAGCGCGCAGAACGCGCAAGUCCUUCCGCAUGAGCGCGCGGGCGAGUGUUUCCCCGCGCGGAUGACGCAGCUGCGCGUUAGGAUCCUCGCGUGCCUGGGGGUGGGGCUAGUCUGCCUCUUAGUCCAUCUCCUGUCGUCGAGCCGCCAGCUAGAGCUGCGUCAGCAGCGGCUCGAGGAGUGGACGCAGCAGCAGCAGCGGCGCCGCCAAGAGCGGUACGCGGAGUGGCGCGAAUGGCGGCGGCAAAAGCGGGGGGAACCCGGCGGAGAGGAGAAAAGGAGUGCGACGGGGGGGAGCAAAGAGGAAAAGGAAGCGAGGCAAAAUCCAGAGGGAGUAGGAAACGGAAAUGGGGGAGAGGAAGAGGGAAGUGGAGUGGAAGGCACAAGUGAGAGAGCACAGGACGGAGAAAAAGUUGAAGGGGAGGAUGGGGGAAUAAGGGGUGGAGAGGAGGGGGGGCAGGAAGAGAAAAAGGAGCAAGGAAGGACGGAGCAGGAGGGACGGCAGGAGGGACAGCAGGAGGGACAGCAGGAGGGACGGCAGGAGGGACAGCAGAAGGGACGGCUGGAGGGACAGCAGGAGGGACGGCUGGAGGGACGGCAGGAGGGACAGCAGGAGGGACGGCUGGAGGGACGGCAGGAGGGACAGCAGGAGGGACGGCUGGAGGGACAGCAGGAGGGACGGCAGGAGGCGAGUAUAGGAGGAGGGGAAGGGGGAACGGGAGAAAGAGAAGCGGGAGGAGCAGACUCAGGAAGGGAAAACGCAGGGGGAGAAAACUUAGGAGAGGAAGGAGGAGGAGGAGGAGGUGGCGGGGAGGGAGGGCGGGGGGCGGAAGCAGCAGCAGGAGGAGGAGGGACUGGAGGGGACGGAACAGCAGGAGCAGGAGCAGGAGCAGGAGGAGGGGAGUGGUGGGUGCCCGAGGGCGUGAGCGCAGUGCGAGACGCCUACAACCGCGGCGAGCGGUUCUACCUGCUGUCGUCAGACGCGGACAACUGCGUGGGGCAGUCGCACUUCACAGCGAGCCUCGCCUGCACGGCAGCAGAGGCUAGGGCGCUGAACAGGACGCUGGUGCUGGCUAGCGAGCGGUGCCUGAGUGGGAAGCACACAAUGACGGGGGCCGUGAAGAGGCGGCACCUGGGUCUGUACUACAACUACUCGCACAUCCUUAGCCACCAGCCAGUCAUCUCCAUAACCGCAUUCCUCCAUCGGUUCAAGUCGUGGGACCAUAUGGAUAUCAGCUACCACGGGGUGGGCGAGGGGCACUCCACGCAGCAGCUGCAGCAGCAGAGGGGGGUGUUCCUCAUCAUCAGGCAGCCGCAGGAGGGACGAUACGCCUUCGAGAUCUGCGACAAGAGGCACAACGAGAGCCCAGUGACCCCAGACCGCUCCAUUCUCAUCCCGACCUCGCCACUGCUCGCGGUGAUCCACGCCAUAGUGGAGUCCAUGGGCGGCGACUACCACUACGUGCACGUGCGGCGCGGAGACAAGCUGGACCCGCGCAAGUGGCCGCACUUGGACCGAGACACACGGCCAGAAGCACUGAUCCAGAAGCUCCCCUCGCUGGCCCCUCUGGGGUGCCACCUGUACAUUGCCACCAACGAGCGCGAGGCGGGCUUCUUCCACGCGCUGAAGCAGCUGUACCGCUUGCACCUGCUGGGGGACUAUGCGGAGUUGUGGGCGAGGGGAAGCGUGUGGGCGGGGGAGAUGCGGGCGCUGAGGAGAGAGCUGGAGGUGGAGGGUUGGGGAGGGGGAGGGGGAGGGGCAGGGGGAGGGGGAGAAGAGGAGGAUGUUGAGUUUGACUCUGAAAUGCAGGUGAUAGUGGACUAUGAGCUAGCCAAGGCAGCUCGGAAAGCCAUAUACACUUUCAACGACCUCACCGACGAUCCCAAGGAUGGUUAUCCUGUGGGGGAUGAAGGCCGGCAACAACAACAACAGUAUCAGAAUGAGUAAGACUAGGGGGGUGUAUAGACUAGGGUGUUGUACCCUCUAAGGCACAAACCAGUAUAGUCUACAGUAACGACCUAAGUUCCAUUUGACAAACAGAGGAACCCAUGACUGCCUCAUGCUUUCCGUCUGCUCUCACCUGUUGGUUUGGUUGCCUUCUUCCAUGCCACGGUAUCCCUUUCCGGAAUCCGGGGUGUUGUUUGUCGCCGUGUUGUGCUUCCUAACCUGGUUUUGUAACCAUGGUUUUGCAAUUUAUUAUCCAAUGCUUAGGUUGAUUGACCACACUCCUGUAU